AUACCUGCCGAAGGUAAAGACGUUCAGAAUCAAUUUAAUUGUUCAUCAAGUGACACGCUCCGCUUCUGUCUAUCUCGUCUGAAAAGGUGACAAUCCAUCGCUGUUGACGAGCAGACAGUGAUACGAAAUACGAAAAGUAGAGCAUAAAGUAGUCCGGAAGUCAACCCACAACUGGACAAAAUGGUGUCCGCAGAAACGAUCGGAUCGAUAUUCAUCAAAGUGUUCAAAUUGGCACUGAAUCUGGUGAUUCUCAUCAUCUAUCGGACCGGCUACGGAGGUGACUUUCUUGGUGUCGGUGGCACAUGGAACCUGAACGAAGAGAAAAGUCCCGAUGCGGAAAUUGUGGCCUCCGGAGUGUUUGUCGGUUACUUCAUUUACACCUCGGUCCAGCUGAUUACGUUCUGCUUUGGUACGACCAAGCUAAAGCGUGAACUCUCCGAUACGAUAAUGAAUGUGGUCGGUACCUUUAUGUGGGUUGCCGUCGGAGGCACAGCGCUGCACUACUGGCACGGUUAUUUGGCGGAGCAUGACUUCCAGCACAUCACAUCGGAGCGAACGGCUGGACUUGCCCUGGGAGCGCUUUGCGUUGUGUCCGGUGCCCUGUACCUGGCCGAUUCGGUCCUUGCGUUCAUCCACUACGCGAAGCACGAGAACAGCAAAUACUAAUUGAGAAUGCGAGUGCCAUCCUUAUUAGCCCACGCUGCUAGAUUGUAAGCAUGAAAUAUUACACUUGGUUAUCAUGAUUUUGCCCAAAAAAUGUGCAGCAACCCCGUGUAGUCAGUAAGUAAGGUCCAACGAAGAGGAAAAACUGUCAUAAUUCAUAUGUAUGCGAGUUAGAUAAGUAAAAACAACUUUUACAAACACUCCAUUCUUUUCUAUGGUGGCACAUUUGCCUCGACAAGUUACAAUUAACGACAUUUUUGUAAUAUAAAUAUAGGUGUAGCAUUAAGUGGCUGGAAAAUGCAAAGUGCCGAAUUUCAAAAUUAAAGAAGCAAUAGAACCGGACAAUUUAAGAGAAAACAUUUCCAAAGCCUAGUAUCGUUUAAGCCAAUAUAGGGAACUGAAUUUCAAACCUAAUAAACCACAUCUCCUUA